AACAAAACGUAAUAAGUUAUAUUACUAAACGCACUACAAUAAAGCUCGUGGAUUCCUACUAAGCAACUUAUUUUAACUCAUUUAACUAACCAGUCUCACAGUUAUAAGUGGGUCAUCUGCUUUCGACAUGUCAACACAAUCUGACGUGCGGACAGAGAAAUAAAUAAAUUGUAUUAUAUUUUUUUUUUUAAAAACAAACUCUUUUUAUUGCCAGCCAGUUGCUUUCUGUGAAAGAUUUGUGCAAUUACGGUAUUAAAUUUAAAACAGUGUCGUGUUUUUCAUUUGUGGUGUUUAUAUGGGAAAUCCAAGGAUUGUUUAGUCUGUGUGUAUAUUGUUUCCUCAAUUAUAUUACUAUAAUUACAUUUAAGCCUUGCACAAAUACAGCAUUUGUAUACGAUAACAAGAGAUUUAUAAGACCACCAACCGAGCUCUAAAAGGUUGUAUUAGAUUUGAUACAUAGGGUAGUGUAUGCGAGUCUGUUUUGGAGGAAAAUGGGCUUGAAAGAUAAACAAAUUUUAUGUGAUGCGGACGAAGAUAAAUACGAGCUUGUGCCCCCAGAGGGAGGCUGGGGAUACGUAGUUUGCAUUGGGCUGUCCGUCAUAUUCAUAGCUGGAACCGCCCACCAACCUGUCUUCGGGUUCAUAUAUAAUGAUUUCCUAAACGAGUUAGGAGUGGGCACUGGGGCUGUGACGGUCGUGUUUGGGGUAUUCCAAGUUACAUUGGCUAUCGCUGGAUUCACGGCAAAUAUAUUACUGAAGAAACUAACAUUAAGACAAGUUGGAUUGAUUGGAGCAUUCAUAUAUACAACGGCAUCAUUUCUUGCAAUAUUUGUAGUAUCUACGACUCAACUAAUAAUAACAAAUGGUUUUCUACAAGGCUUGGGCAUGGGUUUCCUCAUUCCAGUAUCUUAUACUAGUUUCAACUGUUAUUUUACAAAGAAAAAAGUGCUUUAUCUCAGUCUAUGUAAGGCUUCAAUUGGAUUAAUAACGAUGGGGUAUCCGUUAUUCAUUAAAUUUACUUUAAACGAGUACGGAUUUAGGGGAACACUGGCCAUAAUUUGUGCUAUAUCAGCCCACAGUAUAUUUGGAGCCAUGGUGAUGCACCCUGUACAAUGGCAUAUGGUCAAACAACCAAAACCAUGCGAGAAAAUUGUUUUGAUACCACCAACUCCUGCAGUUGAAGCUGAUAAAGAUCAUUUCGAUUUCACGAAGAAUGGAAUUAAUGUCAACAAAACAAAUACAACACAACCAACAAAUGAGAAUACCAAAUCUGUUGAAAAUUUAUAUUUGAAUAACAACAGACGCAAGGGUUCAGAAUUACUGGGCGUACCAGAAUUAGCGGAUUCCAGGAGAUUGAGCAUUCCUGUGGUUUUGAUCCGGAACGACGGCAAGACGGAUAGUAAUUUCAAUUCGAGUGACAACGUUUAUAUUGAGAAUCUGUAUAAAGCUGCCUCUGUAUCCAGUUUAGGGAACUUUGGCAAUAUUGCCGCUGAACCGAUGCCAAUUAUCAAAAACAAAGAAGGGAAAUGGCAAACCGUAACCGAAUUUUUAGAUCUGACAUUGUUAAAAGAUUGGGUAUAUGACAAUAUUACAGUUGGAAUGGCGUUAACUUUCUUUGCUGAUUUGACAUUCUUUACAUUGGAACCUUUGUUCUUGGGAAGAAAUCAUCUGAGUCAGUCUGAAAUUGCCUACAUAAUUACAUUUGGUGGAGCCACAGAUAUGACUGCGAGAUUACUAUUGGGCGUUGCGGGCCAAUUUUUUAGGAUAAAUGCUCGCUGUAUGUUUUUUGCGGGUGCCCUAUUUGCUGCCAUAUUUAGGAUAGCAUUCGUUCAGUACACAACAUUUACGCCUUUAUUGGUGUUGACUGCAAUAUUAGGCGCAACGAGAUCGCUGGUGCAUAUUGCUCAGCCGAUUGUGAUGGCUGAGCAUGUACCUAUAGAGAAGUAUCCGCCUGCUUACGGCCUCUAUAUGCUGUUGACUGGAGCUCUAAGUUUAUCAGUCGGCCCUAUGAUAGGUUUUCUUCGAGACAUCACAGGAAGUUACGUGAUAGCGUUCAACAUGCUUACAGCAUGCAACCUCUGCUGCGUUAUUCCAUGGAGCAUCGAAGGCAUACUCAGAUUUAUGAAUCGGAAACAAACCAUGAAAUCCCUUCAAACGUGAUUUCAAAAAUGGAAAUGACUGUGAUAUAAAAUUAUAUGAACUAGUUUCUAUGUACAUUGUGUGGUUUAAAAUGUACUAGUCAUAUACUAUAUUAAUGUAGGCACAAUACAUGUAGCUUACAUGUACCAAUAUAUUAAUUAUUAAUUUAAAAAUAAAACUUUUUAAAUGACAA